GAAAAUUACACUUCAAACGCGCCGCCGUCGCCGCAAACAGAAAGAAUCAGAAAACCAAGAAGCAACAAAUCAGGAUGACCGUAUGCGGACUAUUCAAAUAUACCGUAAUCACAGGUAUGACAGCUCUAUCAACGUGAGUACACGAAAUGCUGUUGAUCGACUGGAAAGCACAAGCUGAAUGCCCAUGAACGCGGUAGGCCAUUUAAAAGGAUGUGAAUUUGACAGAAGCUAGUCCUAGUCCUUGCCGCCUGGAUUUCUCCGCUUAUCGCUCUAUCGAACACAAUUUAUUCCCGUUAGUCCUGGGAUAUAGAUCCAGAAGGCAUACAGAUUCCAGAAUCUUGGUCGCUCUCGAUUAACCGUUACCCGAUUCCUUGAACACCACGAUGACUGGCCAAAACGACUUGGAGCGCCAGAUCGAGCAACUGCAGCGCUGCGAGCUGCCCUCGGCAGUCGAGAUCAAGAUCCUGUGCGCAAGGGCCCGCGACCUCCUGGUGGAGGACGCCAAUGUGCAGCGCGUGGACUUGCCGGUGAUCGUGUGCGGCGACAUCCAUGGUCAGUUCUACGACCUAAAGGAGCUGCUCAAGGUGACCGGCCGAGUGCCCGAUAAGAACUACCUCUUUCUGGGCGACUACGUGGACAGAGGCCACUUCAGCCUGGAGACGUUCCUGCUGCUCCUUGCCCUCAAGGUGCGCUACCCGGACCGCAUUGCCCUGAUCCGCGGCAACCACGAGUGCCGUCAGAUCACCCAGGUGUACGGAUUCUACGACGAGUGCAUCCGCAAGUUCGGGUCCUCGGACAUUUGGCAAUGCUGUUCGGAUGUUUUCGACUACCUCAGCCUGGCGGCCAUCAUCGGUGACUCGGUGUUCUGCGUCCACGGCGGACUGUCGCCGGCUAUCCACUAUCUGGACCAGAUUCGUGUCCUCGAUCGCAAGCAGGAGGUGCCGCACGACGGGCCCAUGUGCGAUCUGCUCUGGAGCGAUCCGGAGGACCAGGUGGGCUGGGGGGUCUCGCCUCGUGGCGCGGGCUACCUCUUUGGCUCGGAUGUGGUCGAGAUAUUCAACCGCGCCAACGGCCUGGACAUUAUUUGCCGCGCCCACCAGCUGGUCAUGGAGGGAUACAAGUGGCACUUCGACAAAUCCGUCCUGACUGUGUGGUCGGCUCCCAACUACUGCUAUCGCUGCGGCAACGUGGCUGCCGUCGUGGAGCUGGAUGAGUUCCUAAGCCGCCAAUUUAUCAUCUUCGAUGCCGUUUCAAAGGAGAAUCGAAGCUUACCGGUCAAGAAGCCACUGGCGGAGUACUUUCUCUAGAAGAAACUAAAACCGGGGCAUACUCCGCCCGGCUACAAACACAACUCAUCUAUGGAUCGUCAUAGAAAACUAUGAACAAUGCGCUUUAAAGAAAAAUACCUCCAGAAUCAUGCCAAUUUCCUAGGCUAUAAGCUAUAAGCAGCUUUAAGUUCCACCCAAGAAGGGAUCUACCUAUAAUAAAAACGUUCUGACGCUCAGUGAAA